AUGGCGCGGGACCCGCCGGGACCCGCCGGGAUCCGCCGGGAUCCGCCGGGACAGGCCGCGGCGUCCGCGCGCCGCCGAGCCCGUCGCUAUGGCGACCGAAAAUGGCGGCGCGUCACGCGCGUCAGAAAAUCGUCGGGCGCGGCGGCGGCGGCGGACGAGGGCGGCCUCAAGAAGUGCAAACUCGGCAGCUAUUGCAGAUCGCAAGCCUCUGGUAAAGUAAUAACUGGAGAGGAACAUUUUUCAAGCAAGAAGUGCCUAGCUUGGUUUUACGAAUAUGCAGGUCCUGAUGAAGUUGUGGGGCCAGAAGGAAUGGAAAAGUUCUGUGAAGACAUUGGUGUCGAGCCUGAAAAUAUUAUUAUGUUAGUUUUAGCCUGGAAGCUAGAGGCUGAAAGCAUGGGAUUUUUUACCAAGGAAGAAUGGUUAAAGGGGAUGACCUCAUUACAGUGUGACUGUACAGAAAAAUUACAGAGUAAAUUUGACUUCUUGCGGUCACAAUUGAAUGACAUUUCAUCCUUUAAGAAUAUUUACAGAUAUGCCUUUGAUUUUGCAAGGGAUAAAGACCAACGAAGUCUGGAUAUUGAUACUGCAAAAUCCAUGUUAGCUCUUCUACUUGGAAGAACUUGGCCACUGUUUUCAGUAUUUUACCAAUACCUGGAGCAAUCGAAAUAUAGGGUUAUGAACAAGGAUCAGUGGUACAAUGUGUUAGAAUUCAGCAGAACUGUCCAUGCGGAUCUUAGCAACUAUGAUGAAGAUGGUGCAUGGCCUGUACUUCUGGAUGAAUUUGUUGAAUGGCAAAAAGUUCGUCAAGCGUCAUAGCAAGAACAAUAUGGAAGAAAAUGCAAAAGUUUUUUGAUGCCCACCUCUACACAAACUAAUGAGAAAAACAAAGGAUUGCAUUUUCAUUCUUAUGAAAGACUUUACAGUGAUUUUUUUCCUUUUCUAAGGAAGUUUUCUUGUUACAUGUGAUAUGGGCAUUGAACCACACCUCUUCUGAGACUGAAAGUUGGAGUUUUUGUUUUGAGUCUUAUGUUUAUAGCAUUUAUUUCAGAACAAUAAAGAUUCAGAUUUGUGACAAAGGCCUAAAARUGAAAAAUGUCCCUUGAAUGUGAGUGUGGUGUCUAUUUUUAAAACCAAAUCUUUAAGAUUAUCUUUCUCAGAAGUGCCCUUUGCUAGGAAUUUUUGAGACCUUAAAAUGCUUAACUGGCACUGUUGCUUGCUGAUGGUAUGACUGUCUUGUGCGAAAAAAUGUUAGGAAGAAUGACUGAUUUUUGAGCCCUGGGUGGGGUCGUGCUAAUCUGCACAUUGAGUAUUGGUCAUGGGGUAUGCCACAUUUUUCAGCUCCUUGUGGAGAUAAAGGCCUUAAAUUCUUUUUUUCCAGUACCCACCCAGUGGUAUAGCAUUUGAUGGCAGACCCUUUUAAAGCRGAACGGUAUAAAGUAUAUGGCUGCAUGGGCAGUAUGGCUGAAAACUAAAUGCCUGUACUUCAGAUGAUUAACAUAAAGUUUCUGGUACAGUAAGGCAGCUUCAAAUUCUUACUACAUUUUAGWCUUUGGAUUGCUUUGUAUAAAAAGUGCAAUUUAUACUUUAAAAGGGAAAGCUGUAAAAGCUUAGUUUCAAGGCUAGAUUUACUUAGGUGUUUUAGACUGGAAGUAUUCACAGCAUGAUUUAUUUUUAAUUGCCCUGGAAGUAUUGCAUAAUUGAAGGCCAAAAGAGACAAGCCGUACACAUUUAACCAGUAUAUAAGAGGCUAUAUAUUUUAACCCAGUUACUCAUGUAUUGAGUGAAAUAACUGCUGUGGUUCCCCUUUUAUGUACCCAAUUCUGGUGACAACCUUUAAAUGCAGUACAAGUUUGUUCUCUGUCUUCCUACCCAAGAGGCUGAAUGCUGCUCUUGAGGGGGGAAGAUUUUAAUGAGGGGGAAAAAAUAGACAUUUCUAAGUCUUUAUUAUACGAUUAGAUUAAUUUGACUGUGAUAAUGGCAUGAAACUCCAGUCAUUUAUUAAGGCCUUGGUGUGCCAAAUAUUUCAAGAGCUUGAAAAAAAAUAGACAAUAUAAGCUAGGCAUGACUUGAAGAUCUUUGCCUCAGGGAAAUGACUUCUGUUUUGCACAUCCGUUGUUCAGACUAACAAGCAUGAGUUUUCCUAUACUUAAUGAAAACUUUAGUCCCAAGAUCAGUAAUCACUUCACAGUGAGAGAGAAGGAGAGUUGAGGAAAAAGAAGAGGGAAGCAAGAAAUAAUAGUUAGAAGUGGGAUAGGGUAGUGUCUGUUCAUGUUCUUGCUCUGCCAGAGAAAUGCUUUGCUACUGUGCAGAGUAACUUGCAGUUCAGGGCGCAGGAAGUAAUGCCAGUCAGUGGAGAUCCAGGGGCAGUUUUGCAAGUCGCUGGGUAGUGCAGUUGAACAUUGGAAGUUUGGUUUUGCCUUAGUGCUAAAGAAGUUUUGAAACAGAAAUCAGCUGAGAAACUUUGAGAUAGCUGUGCUUGUACAAUGGCUAGUGUCUAUGUGCAUGCGAAUGCAAGCACUAAAUCUUUCUCCAACCUUUCUAAGUACUUAAUUUUAGACCUCAUGUCACCUGCAGCAGUUCUCAAGUAUGUUACAAGUUAUCAGUUUGCAUUGCUGAUUCUGAUUUCACCCUUAACAAGAGUGCCUUUUGUUUGGAAAUUGCCCUACAAACCUACAGAAAAUCGGUGCCAGAAUGAGAGUAACUUCAGGGCUCUGGUAGAGUAAGGUCAUAAAAUGCACAGGAUAAAGAUGCACCAAAUAACUUCCAUCAAGGAAAGUACUGCUGUAUACUGAAUCACUGCAAGGGCACUGGUUCUGAAAUGAUUUCAUAAAAUUCACUGCAAUGGCUAUCCCUGCUUAUGUACGUUUAGUCCCUGUUAUGCUGGAAAAUUCUCUUUCCAGAAGUUUUGAAGUACAGGUUAGAAGUUGAACGUUUUAUAAUAUGAUUUWUUUUUUUUCUUUUUUUUCUUUUUCUUUGGUAAUUGCGAACUGUUGUGAAUUCAAUUUAAAGCGGUCGGUCUUAGAGGAUGGUAUUAGUGUCUAACAGUAGGAGUGAUGCAUCCACCAACCCUGGGUGGUCAAGUACUUGCUGUUAAGGUGUAGGACACUAUGUGAUGUAUCAUCUGUAUCUCUGUUAAGGUUUUAUCAGUAUUCCUAUAAUAAAUCCAUGUUUCAGGGAUUUAUGACUUGGUUGUGUGUGUGUGACUGAAAAUCAUCAGUUACUGUAAAACUUUAGGAAUGAAUGUAUUUAAACUACUUAAAAUCA